CUCCCCCUCCUCGGCGGCGGCGGCGGCGGCAGAGGCGGCAGCGCUCGCCAUUGCCGCUGGUGGCAGGAGGCUGCGAGGAGCCGGCGCGGUCGCAGUCUCCACGGCGCAGGCCCACGGUAGCGCAGCCGCUCUGAGGUCGAAUGAUCUGUGGUUCAUAUAGACCACAUUUUGUUUCCCACUCACCCAUUGAUGGACACUUGGGUAGCUCCCACCUCUGGGCUGUUGUGAAUUAAUGCUGCUAUGAACAUGGGUGUGCACAUAGCUCUUUGAGACCCUGCUUUCAGUCCUUCUGGCAGUAGAUCUUCAUGGAGGAACACGGAGUGACCCAAACCGAACACAUGGCUACCAUAGAAGCCCAUGCAGUGGCCCAGCAAGUUCAGCAGGUCCAUGUAGCCACUUACACUGAGCACAGUAUGCUAAGUGCUGAUGAAGACUCCCCUUCCUCGCCUGAGGACACUUCUUACGAUGACUCGGACAUACUCAACUCCACGGCAGCUGAUGAGGUAACUGCCCAUCUGGCUGCUGCAGUGCUGGGGAUCAAACCCAGGGCCUCGCAUAUACUAGGUCCUGUGGGAAUGGCUGCUGCUGCUGCUGUGGCAACAGGGAAGAAACGGAAAAGGCCUCAUGUGUUUGAGUCUAACCCAUCUAUCCGAAAGAGACAGCAGACACGGUUGCUUCGGAAACUCAGAGCCACAUUAGAUGAAUAUACGACACGAGUGGGACAGCAAGCCAUUGUUCUCUGCAUCUCACCCUCCAAACCCAACCCUGUCUUUAAGGUGUUUGGCGCAGCACCUUUGGAGAAUGUGGUGCGCAAGUACAAGAGCAUGAUCCUGGAAGACCUGGAGUCUGCGCUGGCAGAGCACGCCCCUGCGCCACAGGAGGUUAAUUCAGAACUGCCCCCUCUCACCAUCGAUGGGAUUCCAGUCUCUGUGGACAAGAUGACCCAGGCUCAGCUUCGGGCAUUUAUCCCAGAGAUGCUCAAGUACUCCACAGGUCGGGGAAAACCAGGCUGGGGGAAAGAAAGCUGCAAGCCUAUCUGGUGGCCAGAAGACAUCCCAUGGGCCAAUGUCCGCAGUGACGUCCGCACAGAAGAGCAAAAGCAAAGGGUUUCAUGGACCCAAGCAUUACGGACCAUAGUUAAAAAUUGUUAUAAGCAGCAUGGGCGGGAGGACCUUCUGUAUGCUUUCGAAGAUCAGCAGACACAAACUCAGGCCACCACCACACACAGCAUAGCCCAUCUCGUACCAUCACAGACAGUAGUACAGACCUUCAGCAACCCUGAUGGCACCGUGUCGCUCAUCCAGGUUGGUACUGGGGCAACAGUAGCCACAUUGGCUGAUGCUUCAGAACUGCCAACCACAGUCACUGUUGCCCAAGUGAAUUAUUCUGCUGUGGCUGAUGGAGAGGUGGAACAAAAUUGGGCCACAUUACAGGGCGGUGAAAUGACCAUCCAGACGACGCAAGCAUCAGAGGCCACCCAGGCAGUGGCAUCACUGGCAGAGGCCGCAGUGGCCGCUUCUCAGGAGAUGCAACAGGGAGCCACUGUCACCAUGGCCCUUAACAGUGAAGCUGCCGCCCAUGCUGUCGCCACUCUGGCUGAAGCCACCUUACAAGGCGGGGGACAGAUAGUCCUGUCUGGGGAAACCGCAGCAGCCGUUGGAGCACUUACUGGAGUCCAAGAUGCUAAUGGCCCCGGAUCCCCUGUGCUUCCAGGACUCAUGGCCUCCAAGACCAGCGGAUACAGGCACUCCUGUGGGGGAAGCCUUUAUAGACCCUUUCUCCUCCUUCCUAUUUUACAGCAAAAACAAUAAAGGAUCCGGUUGGCUCCUGCUACCUCAGGCAGCCCCUGCUUUCAUGUCAGAAACAUUACCACAGAUUCAUUUGGGUCUCUUUUCUUCCUAAAAACAAGAUGAGGCCAAGCAAAGCAGUUGACUGGUGUUGCUAGGCACCCAGGCUUCUCCCUAGAGCCACUGACCCUCUUCUUAGAUCUGGAAGGGAGGCAAAUGGCAAAGAAGUGUUUGCCUCAACCUUUGGCUUUAUUUUCUGUUUGUUUGCUUUUUUGUUUGUGUCUUUGUUUGUUUUGCAUGAGGUGAUAUUUUUGGUUUUACCUUGAUUAUUAAAGAAUAGAAUGUUGGUGUUUGGAGGGGGUUUUUGUUUGUUCUUUAAAUUUGGCCUUUCUGUUUGUCAAAAGAGUAAUUUUCAAACUAAAUAGGGUUGUAUUAUCAGUGUUACCUUGUAAAUCGUUUUGAAGUAUCUUAACCAUUUUAUGUCAUUAUAUAACUUUUGAAAAGGCCAUUUUUAUAAUGCUUGGUAAUAUUUCAUUUUAUUGUCCAUAAUUGAGAGAGUCUCCUGUUAUUGGUAAUUUAGCUUAUUGAUAGUUUUUUAACAAUAAAAUGGCACUGUUUAUGUUUGUACAAGAUUCUGCACAGCUUUAUUUGUUAUUCAUUUAUUUAUUUGAUGUCACAUCCUGUGCUUGAUUACUGUCCCACUGGGACAACCUGCUUCUUUACUUUACACUGAAUAUUAGCAUGAUUUUAUUUCUUAUCUGUUUUAGGACAGGUAAUAAGUUCUGUCUUGAUUUGCAUUUGUAUAUUAGCAAUACGUGUGUUCACCUUUUUCAUUAUUUUUGUUUUGCUUUUGAGAUGGGCUCGUUUCGUAGUCUAGGCUUAGCUCAAACUCAGAGGCAGUCCUCCCAUAGCACCCCUUAAAUUGCUGGGUUACAGGCACGAGGAAGCCACUCCUCCAGCUAAGGUUUUAUAUAUCCACAUUUGUGUGUUUGUGUGUUUUAACAUGUGUGAAUGUUCUGCCUGCACAUUUGUCUGUCCUAGUAAUGUUCUUUGUCAUGUGUGUAUUGCCUUUACCUUUCUAUUAUUAAUUUGUUUAUUCGUUUUUGUGUUCAUAGAAUUUAUGCUUUUGUUGUUAUUUUUGUUUUGAAACAGUUUUGAUUUUCCAGACUGAUGUCAAAAUCAUGAUGCACCUGUCUCAGUCUCCCAAGUGCUGACGUGGCUUGUGUGCCACUGUGGCUGGGUGCUUUAUGCUCAGGGGGUCUUUUCUUUUUUUUGCUUUCUGUCUUUGUUUUUGUUUGUUUGUUUGGCUGAUUUGGUUUUUUGUUUGUUGUUUUGGUUUUUUGUUUUGUUUUGUUUUCCAAGACAGGGUUUCUCUUUGUAGACCUUGAUGUCUCAGAACUCAGUGUAUAGACUAAGCUGGCCUUGAACUCAAGAGAUCUUCCUGCCUCUGCCUCCCAAAUUCUGGGACUAAAGGUGUGGGCCACCACUGGUAGCUUCAGUGUUCUUCUAAGAAUCUGUGUGUUCCUCCAGUUCUAAUAUGGUCUUUAGAGGUUUUGUUUUCUAGGGGUUUUUGGUCUUGGUUUUUCAAGACAGGGUUUCUCUGUGUAUCCCUGGCUGUCCUAGAAGUCACUCUGUAGACCAGGCUAGUCUUGAACUCGGAGAACCACCUAUCUCUGCCAAGUGUUGAGAUUAAAGGAAUGUGCCACCACUGUCUCAUUUUUUUUUUUUCUUUUUUUUUCGGAGCUGGGGACCGAACCCAGGGCCUUGCGCUUGCUAGGCAAGCGCUCCACCACUGAGCUAAAUCUCCAACCCCUUUGUCAUUUUCUAGUUGUUGUUUGUUUGUUUGUUUGUUUGUUUGCUUUAAGAUAGGGUAUCAUAUAGACCAGCCUAGACUAAUAUAGUCAUGUUUUUUUAAUUUUUGAAUAUUAUAAAAUAUGUGAAAUUUAUUUUAGUGUACUGUAUUAGGUAGAAAUAAGUAUUUUCCCUCCAUUUAUAUUACAAUAUUUGGUAUUACUCAAUUAAAAGACCCAUUUUUAAAUUUGGAACUAUUUUAACUAUGGAAAGAUAGUCAAAAUUCUAAAGAGUGAGCUUUACAGUAGUUUUGAAGUUCACUUAAAGAAAUGAACCUUUGGGGGCUGGGGAUUUAGCUCAGUGGUAGAGCGCUUACCUAGGAAGCGCAAGGCCCUGGGUUCGGUCCCCAGCUCCAAAAAAAAAAAAAAAAAGAAAAGAAAUGAACCUUUGUUUCUACUUGAUUGCUGCAGACCUCUUUACACUACCUGUGUUGUCCUGGUGCUAAGAACUGAGGCCUCAUUCCUCCCUCUGUCCUGAGGGAGUUGGGGAACCCGGCUGGAGGACACUAACCCUGGGCCACACGGGCACUGACAGCACCUCUCUAAAAGGCUCCUCCCUUUACCUUUGGGACACAGCCUGCCCUGCCUGACUGGCCCUGGCAGCUGUUUUCUGCCGCCUCAGUCCUGCCAUACUACAGACAUGAGUCUGUUUACUGCCCGUCCUACUGCCAACCCAAAGCAAGGCUUUCAAAACCUGCAGGAAACAACACUUCUGUCUUUUCCUCACUUGGCAUGACCUCAAAUUUUCCAACCCCUCCCCCCCUUUAUGUUUGUUUUUUCUCGUUGUUUUGAGAUAGGGUUUUUCUACAUAGCCUGGUUAUUCUGGAGCUCACUGUGUAGAUGAGGGUAACCUCGAACUCACAGAGAUGAAGGCCUGUACCACCUGGUCCUUUUUUAAAAAUCCUUACUUUCAAAAUCCACUGUUACCUUGAUCUCACUGUAUUAAAAUACCUCUCAAGUUUGAUCUAUAAGGCUUGAGAAUACGGCUCAGUGGUAGAUUGUGUGGCAUGUGCAGGACUUAGGACAGAAAGAAAAGGAAAACUGGUCAUCGUAUCAUAGCAAGAAGGUUAGCAGAAGAGGUAAGUAAGAACAAGCGUGAGGUUCUGAGAAAGGAGCAGGGCUGUUGGAUGACAUCCUCACAGGAGACGGUGGAAAGUACAAUUCAAGUUACUGACCAGGGUUCUAAGGUCUGCUUCUAAGAAGUGAGUCUAGCUGGACUUGGAGCAUUGUGUGUUUUAAUUCCCUAAUAAACCUCCUUCAUGUGAAUUAUAAGAGCAUUCGAAUACCUUCAGUAUGAGGUCUGUAAAAUCUCUGUGUGUCUGUCUCUCCCUCCCCUCCCCCCCACUGUCUCUCGGGCCCAAGCACACACAGAUUGAGACUAAGAACCUCUGCUACAAAAGUUGGUACAGGGGCUAGGGAUGCAGUUCAGUAGCAGAAGUGCGUGUGCAUUGCAUGGCCAAGCUGUGGUUGGUCAGUGAGGAGGAGGAGGAGUGAUAACAAGGCUCGGUUCACUCUGUCUGUCGUGAGGUAUUUAGAGUAGCGGGGUUGAGGAAGAUGGGCAGAUCUGUGAGCGAAGUGCUCUGUUAUCACUAACAUCAUGGGGGCAGGAGGUUACUCUCCCUAACCCUUAGCUGUACGGUUAGGAUAAUGGUUAGGCUUUGUUCAUAUGGUGGUAAACAUGGAAUAAAGCACUGCUGCACUCCUUGUACAAGAGUCACAAGCGAACAACAGAAAACCUUAGCAGAGGCAGAUAAGUCCAUAACAUCUAACUCUGCUGUCCAGGACUUAGCAGAGUCUGGGUACAUAGAUACAUUGUAAGUGGGAUGAUGUCUCCACAUUUAUUCUGUAGGUCAAGAACAGAGCUCAUAAUACUAGUAUAGGCCACGUUUUUCAUCUUUAGGACAGAUCCAGAGGCGGGCACCAUGCACAUUGCUUGAAGCACCUCCUUUGGGUUCUGCACUGUCCCAAUAGGGCUGCUGUUCUCCAGCAUACAGUUCACAAUAACUAGGGUGUCCUUUUCCUCUCCUGAAGUAGCCACAGUCACCCACUAUUACUGCCGUGGCCUUAAGCUCUUUAAGAAAGAAGGCAUAGACAGACCUCAUGCUCAUAAACAUGGCUGUACUGUGGCAUGUUUGCAAAAGAGCCAACAGAGGUGUACAUUGAUUUACUAUAUUAAUUUAGGAAAUGUGUCAGGAGGUUCCUAUCCCUUUAUGCACUAAUUACUUUUUGACUUGGUAGUAACUGAAAUUUAAAUAAAGAAAUUGAAAUAGAAUACAUUUGGGGACUGAUGAGGUGACUCAGUGAGUAAAAGCACUUCCUGUGCAGUCCUGAUAACCUGUGUUCCAUCUCUUGAUCCCCUCAGAGGAGAUAAUGGGCACCCUAAAGUUGUCUGGCCUCCGUGUGUGCACACACAUGCAAACUGUAAUAAAAAUUUAGAAUUUAGCAUGAUGUGGUGACACGUGCCUUUAAUCCCAGCACUCAGGAGCCCGAGGCAGAUGACCCUUGAGUGGGAAGCCAGCUUGGUCUACAGAUUGAAUUCUAAAACAGUUAGGACUAAACAGAACAACCCUAUCUCAAAGAAAAGAAGUGAAGUUACAUUUUAUACCAUUUAUACCAUUUGACAAAUGCUGUAUACCAGCCUUGAUGCAGCCCCUAGAGCAAGGAUCUCUUGUGUGUGUCUUGAAUCCCAGCAUUUGCAUGCUGCUGCCUUAUCUUCAAGGCCCUGCAAGGUAUCACUGUAGUUGCUGUGGGCUUCCUAGAAGGUAAAUGGCCCUUUUCUCCACUGGCCGCAUUGAUGGUGUCUGGAGAAUGAAGGCCCUAGGAAGUCAGUCGGACAAAGCUGGGCCACGGCCUGUUCUGUAAGAAAAAGCCAGUGCCGAUCUAUUCCUAAUGCAGCCCCUUCCACUGCGGGAUCCCAGGGCGUCUGCACACACCGCCUAAGGUGCGGCACUGUGGCUCAGAGAGAAAAUCGAGGUAGGCACGUGAACAGGGCCUCAACUGGUUGCUGCUCUGGGUUACUUGCCAGUGUCCUGCCACAGGAGAGCAGUGCUACUGUGGCCUCCACAGCUGGGCAAGAAGAGAGCUUUUUUUGCACACAGGUUUCCCCCACUUGAGUCAACUGAACAGACGAGGAGAUGUUCUGGUGAGCCUCAUCGGAGAAGCGGCCACUGUUAGUCUGCUUGAUCUUUGCCUGCCAAAGUACCCGGGAGCUGCAUGGUGUUUUCCGUACUGUUACUGCCACUGCUGCACUCCUUGUACAAGAGUCACAAGCGAACAACAGAAAACCUUAGCAGAGGCAGAUAAGUCCAUAACAUCUAAAACUGCACAAUUAAAUUCAAAUAAGAACAUGACCUAGUGGCCGCUAGAGUAGCCCGUAAAUCUACAAUAAAGAUAGUCAUGCAUUACCAUCACUGAAGAAGGCUUUUUGGGGAGCAAUAUCGUGCCAGAUAUAACAAAAAUACCAUGGCUGCCUCCUAGCAGGGAAGGACAGAUCUUAGGAGCUUCGUCUCUCUCUCUCUUUUUUUUUUUUUUUUUUUUUUUCUUUUUCCUUUUUUUCGGAGCUGGGGACCGAACCCAGGGCCUUGCGUUUGCUAGGCAAGCGCUCUACCACUGAGCUAAAUCCCCAGCCCCGGGAGCUUCGUCUCUUGAUCUUCUCAGCUCUUAGUCAUCAUGGCUUGUCUUUUCUUUUCCUUUCUUUUUAAGAAAAAGCCGCCCGUGUGACUGCAGUAAUCCCCAGACUGUACACAGUGAGGCAGGAGGUUUUUCAAGAACCGCCCUGUUUAUAUGCUCAGCAGAGUCGUAAGUAGGAAACUCUGAGACAAGAGGCAGUGGUGACAUCUAGACCCACUUCCUGGUCUGUUUAGCAUGACACAGGCCACUUGCACAUUUGUGCUUAGAUUUCUCACACAAGUGCAAGCUCUUCCUUGUAGGUAUAGACGCUUGCACAGCGGUACCCAGACACAGGUAUGGAAAGCCUGGAAGGUCAAGAGUCUGAACGUAGCCAUUGCUACUGGGUGACUUCCAGAUUGCAGCACAAACACAGAUGCUGCUAAGAAAUGGAACAGGAAGCUGUGCUGUGGACUCUGGUCUGUAGCACAAAAAAAGUCCUGCACCCUCCACCUCAUGGUACCUCUCUGGCUUUGACAGCCUGAGAGAAGAAAGGGACUAUAGUGUGAGUCUUCAAUCCUGAAGCCUCUCCUUCCACUCUGAAUGACUCUGCAGUCCAACAUGCCUUCCAGAAUGGCCCUCUGUAGGAGGCAGCAGCUUUCCUGACUUGAGUCUCUCCCACCCAGGGGUAUAAGAACGAGCUAAUUGUAGGUGGCAGAAGCCGUUUUGCCUUGCUCUUUCAGUGUGUGGCUCACGACACACAUAGCUGCCCACACUUACCAUUGUGCCAAUAACGACAUUAUCAUUAGAAAAGCCUCACAGGAAAUGGGAAGGGAAGCAAGAGUCUACUCAGGAAGUUCCUGUGCUCCAGAGGUCCCAGGCCUUGCUGUCACUCAAACACAGCCCCACAGCUGAUAGGUCUCUACAGCACCCUUCUCCAGUUCCCUACGCAGCCUCCUGCAAAGGUGUGCGUUUCAUAAUCUGCAGAAGCAGCAGUGCCUUUUGCAAUGGCUCCUGACCCUCCAUGUGGGUGUGGCAUGGCUUGUAAUCCCAGCACUGUGGAGGCUGAGACAGAGGCUCACAAGUUUGAGGCCAGUGUAACCACAUAGCAAACUUUGGGCCUGCCUGGGAUGCACAGCAAGACCCUGCUAGAAGGUGUUAGGACGUAGUGGGAUGGGGAGAGAAGGAGCCUGAGAGAGAAACUGACUCUCAUCUUUGUCUUAAAGAUGAGAGACUACAAGUGGGCAUUGAGGGCUUUGUAGACCAUUGAGCAUUUGUCUUCACUCUACGAGCUCAUCUGAGCUGUACUGUGGCCUUCAAAUGCUUAGCUGUUACCUGCAAAAACCUUCCAUUUGGUCCACAACACCACAAAAGGGAUUUGCAUGCAUCAGCAAGGCAGCUUGACAUGCCUUCGUCUGCUCUUUAGUUGGGUGGUCAGGUAUUCUCCGUGGAGAGUCAGUCCAUGAUCCAGGUCCAUUCAAGCAGAGGCUUCAAAAUAUUAUUGCCCUCUUCGUUGGCUCCCAGCUCUCUCUGUGUAGGAAAGGCAGGCUACUGUUUCUCGUGAUUCCAGCUACCUGUAACCAGAUCAGAAUUUUGGUGCCUAUCAUUAAACUCAACACUCUUGCAAAGAUUUUUUUUUUAAAUACCAAAUCUAGAGACAAUUGAACAAAUUUAACUGGAUUCAUUACUAUUUAAUUUGUGGUUGGAAAAGAGUUGUUUGGUGUUUCCCACAUCCUUCACCCAGGUUUAGUUAGGCAAGUUAAAGGCCUUUAACUUCUGUUCACACAGGGACCCACAUUGUCAUAACAGGGCAAGCUUUUAAAGAAGAAAGGUCUUGAGUAAAAGAGCACCUUCCUCGUUUAGUUUAUGCUUCUGUUAGGAUUUUGAAGGAAUGUCAGCAUGCUGUUAUUAACUCUAAUAACGUGCACAUCACAGCCUGGAUGCUUUGGGGGCUUCUGACUCUCAUAUUACCUGUGUAAAUACAGGAUUCACUUCCCUGCAUCCUGCUACACCAUUUGCUUAAUAAAGAGCAAAUGUGCAGAGCCCAGCA